AUGGCUGGUGGUAUGCACUUUCUCGUAGGAAUAUCUACGGACGACUAUGUCAUUCUCGCAGCUGACAAAGCCUCCUUCUCUUAUGGAGCUAUCCUCACUGAUACUGAUAAUGACAAGGAGUUCCGUUUGGGAAAAAAGAUGACAAUGAUUUGCAUUGGUGAAGAUGGAGAUGUUGACCAUUUCGGUGAAUGGGUUAAGAGGAACAUUCAAUUGUAUUCCAUUAGAAAUGGAUAUGAGCUGUCACCUAAAGCCGCUCAUCAUUGGAUCCGUGGAGGUAUUUCCAAAGGACUUCGAUCUAGAGAAUCUUACUAUGUCGAUCUGCUUCUCGGAGGAUAUGAUGACACUGAGAAGAAAGCUUUCUUGGGUUCAGUUGAUUAUCUUGGUAACGGUUUACCACAACAGCCUUAUUUAUUCCGUGGUUUCUGUGGAAGAUUCUGCUACGCUAUUAUGGACAGAGAAUACAAAAAAGGUAUGUCUGAAGACGAAGGAUUGGGUCUCCUGAACAAAUGUAUCGCUGAAGCCAAGAAACGCUUCGUUGCUAAUAUUCCAGGAUAUAAGGUUCUCAUCGUUGACAAGAACGGAAUUCGACAUCUCCCAGACGUGAACUUCUAA